GCGACAGUGUGAAAUCACGUCGCCACAAGAGACGAUGCACCCCAACGCCCGCCGGAGCCAAGCAUGCUUGCUGCAGUACCGCGACCGCCGUCAGCUACCGAUAUUGCCCACGACCAAGUGCACAGCACCAACGAGCGAUCCUCCCCACGAGAGUACCGAGACGCCUCUCGAGACGACCGACGAUGCAAGUGCGGAUGCAGCCGCAAUGUGUGUUGAGAACUGCGUGCUAAAGGCGCAGCUCGCGGCACUGCGAGACCAUGACGGUGAGCGCAACCGGCAUCUGACGUCGCUGCAGACAGAGCUUGCAGCGCUGCGUGCGCGCAGCAUCGCGCUCGAGGCCGAGCUGCGCGUGCUGCGGCACCUCGUGCGGCGCACGCCAAUGCAUGGUAGCCUGUAG